ACCACACGAACCUACCCACCUCUGGCUGCGUCGCGGCCUCGUGGGGCGCCUGCACGACGCGUCCGCCGCUCCCCGCCUUCUUUUGACCCGCGCACGCCACGCCAAACCAAGCCGCACCCGAUCCCCGACCCCGAGUCCGCACGAGUUCCCCUUUCCUUCCCCGUCUCGACUCUCGAGAGACGCCGUCGCGGGCCUGGCCGCCCAUAAAACCCACCCCCCUGCCCCCAUCCAACAAUCUCCUCUGCUCGCCGAAACACACGAACCGACGUGACCAGAUCAAAAGCAAGGAGGGAGGCAGCAACUGCCAACGGCGAUGAUGGGGCAGGACGGCGUCGGCGGAGGGGUGAUCGGGGCCCUGCUCUACGCCGCGCUGGCGGUGCUGGCGCUGCGUCUGGUGCUGUCGUACAAGUCGGCGGCGCACGCGGUGCGGCGGGCGUGGCGGUGGGCGGACGAGUGGGCGCAGGCGUACCAGUACUACGAGGUGCCGCGCCUCGCCGUCGACGGCGCGGAGAACCCGCUGUUCCGGAAGGCGGCGGCGUACGUGGCGUCGCUGCCGUCGCUCGAGGACGCGGACGCCGCCUGCGUGCUGUCGUCGGCGGCCAAGAGCAACGACUUCGCGCUGCAGCUGGGGCCGGGCCACACCGCGCGGGACGCGUUCCUCGGCGCGCGCCUCGCGUGGACCAACGCCGGCGGCGACGGCCGCCUCGUGCUCCGCGUGCGCCGCCACGACCGCACCCGCGUGCUGCGGCCCUACCUGCAGCACCUCGAGUCCGUCGCCGACGAGAUGGAGGCGCGCCGCCGCGAGCUGCGGGUCCACGCCAACGCCGGCGGUGGCGCGCCGCGGUGGGCGUCCGCGCCCUUCACGCACCCGGCCACGCUCGACACGGUGGCCAUGGACCCCGACCUCAAGGCCCGCGUCCGCGCCGACCUGGAGAGCUUCCUCAAGGGCCGCGCGUACUACCACCGCCUCGGCCGCGUCUGGCGCAGGAGCUACCUGCUGUACGGCGCUCCCGGCACGGGCAAGUCCACGUUCGCCGCCGCGAUGGCGAGGUUCCUGGGGUACGACGUCUACGACGUGGACCUGUCCCGCGGCGGCUGCGACGACCUCCGCGCCCUGCUCCUGGACACCGCCCCGCGGUCGCUCAUCCUCGUGGAGGACCUCGACCGCUACCUGCGCGGCGGGGACGGCGAGACGGCGGCGGCGAGGACCGCGCGCGUGCUCGGCUUCAUGGACGGGCUCUCCUCGUCAUGCGGCGAGGAGCGCGUGAUGGUGUUCACCAUGAGCGGGGGCAAGGACGGCGUGGACCCGGCCGUGCUGCGGCCCGGCCGGCUCGACGUCCACAUCCACUUCACCAUGUGCGACUUCGAGGGAUUCAAGGCUCUGGCGAGCAACUACCUGGGGCUCAAGGACCACAAGCUGUACCCGCAGGUGGAGGAGGGGUUCCACGCCGGCGCCCGCCUCAGCCCCGCCGAGCUCGGCGAGAUCAUGCUCGCCAACCGCGGGUCCGCGAGCCGCGCGCUCCGCACCGUCAUCAGCGCGCUGCAGCACGUGGCCCCGUCACCGCCUCCGCAGCGGACCGUCACCGCGGCGCGGCCGCCGAGGCUGACAUCGAGAUGGUCCGGGCACCUCGACGAGGCCAGCGUCGCGACCGCGACGUCCGAGGCCAGCGCGGCGGGGCAGUCGCCGCGGGGCGGGGGAGGUUUCGCCAAGGACGCGCCGAUCAGGGAGAUCAAGAAGCUCUACGGUCUGAUCAAGUACAGGAGCCGCAAGGACGCCGGCGUCGUGCCGGUGGAUGACAGCGCGGCAUCGCCGGACGGGCGGGACAGCGACGUUAGCCCCGAGAAGGACCGGUGAUUAGUUAUCUGUGUUUUCUUUUUUUUUUUCGUUUUCACUUUUGAUAAUGGGUUCUAAAGUAGUAGUACAAAUUACUGUUUAUUCGAAACGUGGGUGGAUGUACAUUCUGCACUGUAAAUCUUUGUAGCACUAGAGGCUUUCUCAUUACUCGAGAAAAAAACGUGUUCAUCUGAAAGGCAUCCAUUGUGCGGCAGUGAACAAAGCUUAGACAAAGUUCAAUGGUAA